UGUUUUAUUUAGACUGUUUUCCUGCUUUUUAGCUUUUUAGACAGUAGAAGUUGAUCUUCGUGUUCAAUAAGCAGUUGGAGUUGAUAGCACCAAGUAAACAACAAAAGAUAGAAGUGAAAGCAUGAAACUACAGGUUCGCUGACCUCUGACCUGAAACACAGAGCUUAAACGCCUCAUCUGCUGCUGACACUCAUCACCAGUAUUAUUAGUCGACGUGUUUUUGGUCUCGGUAUUUUUCAUGUUAGGAUCAUGUUUGCUUUCUGGACUGUUUCUGCUGUGCUCCUUCUUUCCUUCACGCAGGACAGAGGCAGUGCUCGUCUGAUCUACGCAAAAGUUGGUGACUUUGUUGUCCUGCAUCCAGGUCAGACCUUUGAUUCCAUAUUGGCCGUAACCUGGAAGCACAACAUGAACAACAUCAUGGAGUGGUCUGGAGCUGGUACAACUUGUUUAAGAGGUUUUAUUGGCCGCUGUGGUUUUGACAAAUCAACUGGAAGUUUGAUCAUCAACCAUCUGACAGUAGAGGACACUGGCAACUACAACGCUGAGAUUGACGGCAAGAUUCUUGAUCAGAUAGAGCUCUGGGUUAUCAUACCGGUCCCAAAACCCACAGUGUCUAUAGAAUGCAACAAGGAUAAGAGCCACUGUAACCUCACCUGUAAAGCCAACAUCACUUCUCAUUUUGGACCCGUCAUGUAUAGAUGGGAAGCAGGAGGCAAGCUGCUGUCCAAUAAAAUGAAGCUGAUGUUAACAAAGAAUAACAUGGAGUACUCCUAUGUCUGCACGUUGCUAAACCCCUUUAGCAACUCGUCCAGUGAUAAGGUGACUUACCCCGUUAGCCCUAAAGGGAUUCAUCCUGCAGCACUGGCUGUACCAGUUGUGGUUGUGGUCCUGGCUGUGGUUGCGAUUUUUGGCUAUAUUAGACACAAGAAAGAGCAAAAACAAGCACAGAAUGUUGAAGAAGCCAUUGAUGAGACGUCUGCUAUCGGCCUGAAAGCCGUGACGGAAAGUGGAAUAAGUUUGGAAAGUAUUGAAAGUACUGGACUGCGCUCAGGUUCAGUACGGAAGUUCAGUUCUGCACUAGAACAUUAUCUCCAAGAUGAAGAAGAACAGUGGGUGCAGCACCAUCCGGAGUACAGGAAGUUAAGCCGCGAGCUGCGGGAAUUCCGGCUUCAUAGAGACCUCUAAAUUCAUCACAGAUGUAUUGAAUCAAGCAAAGCACCGCUUGACCUUUUUAUUUUGCCACCUCUUAACAAACUAAAUUCAUUUUAUUGGGAUUUUGGAAGCAAAGUAUUUUAGAUCAAUUAUUUGUUACACCCCAAAUCAACUUUUUCUGCUCAUAAAGUCUCUAAACUGGUC